GCCUUCAGCAGUUGACGGAUGCCUACUGAAGCAUGUCCUGUUCAAACACCUCCAACGAGUAACUAUGGCGUGGGAUACAUAUCAGCGCUGGCUCCUUCCCUUGUGCAUCCUUCACGUAAUAUUCUGUAAACCAGUGUGGGGCAACUGGAGUGACUGGGCACAAUGGUCCGAUGGACCGUGUGGUGUCACAUGCGGCAUGGGCAAGCGCGAGGUGACCAGGGGGAGGUUCUGUCAAGAUGCUUCAAACAACUGCGCUGGCCCAAGAGUGGACAAGAGGAUUGCGGAUUGCAUGUCCGGUGUGCAAUGUGGCGAAUUGGACUGUUACGAGUGUAACGUCUUCAGAAACGGCAAGAUCACCCCCUGCUCAGUGCCCAAGGUAGUGCAGGGGUGUAAGGCGUGUAUGAAGUCCUUCACACUGGUGCGUCUACAUGACAGAUUGGGAUACACUAAAGACUCCACUGUUGAAUCUCGACUGUGUGUACGGAUGAGCGACGCCAAGAAGGUAUCAGAGGAGGGAUGUCACUACCGCACUAGUAACGGCGGAUUUGGGUCUCUUUGCUACUGCUUCACGGACAAAUGUAACAGUGGUGUGCGGCAGGGUGCAUCAUUGGGCCUUACUGUUUUGCUGGGGUGUGCAUGGACUUUGUGCAAAGCGUUUAUGUUUGAUCAUCAGCUUUAGAGUUAAUUUGUACACAUCAUGAAGGUGUAUAUCCGUGAUACGUGUUUUAGCAGUACUUUGAAUGAAUUAUGAACUACACGUACUGCACGUGCGAAAAUCUUCUCAUUACUCUAGAUACUUAAGAAGUUUAAACUUCUUUUAGUUUGUUUUGUUACAUUUUGUAUUUUAGAAUAUGAUAUCUAUUGCUCUAUUGCUCGAGCAAGGACAUAUUUUCAAGUCAUGUUUUUGAGUCGGGUCAAAUUGUUGCAAGUCGAGUUUCAGUUAAGCAAAAAGGUUCUGCAUAUAUAUUUUUACAGUUUUGUACAAAGAUAUACGCAUCAUAUAACAUAUUCAAGGCUAUACCCGGUCUCCGUAUGUCGUUAUACAUCAUUAUCGAUGUUCACCCAACCGUACCGUCUGUUUUUGCUAAUCAAAAUAUUCAUUCGACGUCAGAAUUCGACCGAGUAUUGGCGAGAGGAACACGCCAGAGAGGAACACUCCAGAUUUAGAAAUGUCAUAGCCACUGUCGAGUUGAAAAUGUUAUACACCCUGUCAGGUGUUUUAAAUGUCACACAUCCUGUUAGGUUUACCAAAUGUCACACACCCUGUUAGGUUAUGUCAUACACCCUGUUAGGUUUACUAAAUGUCAUACACCCUGUUAGGUUUACUAAAUGUCAUACACCCUGUUAGGUUUACUAAAUGUCAUACACCCUGUUAGGUUUACUAAAUGUCAUACACCCUGUUAGGUUUACUAAAUGUCACACACCCUGUUAGGUUUACUAAAUGUCAUACACCCUGUUAGGUUUACUAAAUGUCAUACACCCUGUUAGGUUUACUAAAUGUCAUACACCCUGUUAGGUUUACUAAAUGUCACACACCCUGUUAGGUUUACUAAAUGUCAUACACCCUGUUAGGUUUACUAAAUGUCAUACACCCUGUUAGGUUUACUAAAUGUCACACACCCUGUUAGGUUUACUAAAUGUCAUACACCCUGUUAGGUUUACUAAAUGUCACACACCCUGUUAGGUUUACUAAAUGUCACACACCCUGUUAGGUUUACUAAAUGUCACACACCCUGUUAGGUUUACUAAAUGUCACACACCCUGUUAGGUUUACUAAAUGUCAUACACCCUGUUAGGUUUACUAAAUGUCACACAUGCAAGUUUGGCAGAUGUGAUACAAAGACAGAUGUAUCAUGUAAGUCACAAGUCCAAUCAAAACGCUUUUCAGAGUAACUACGUUGUUUUGGGGAAACUGAUGCCAAAUCAUAAGGUGUGUACUUACUUUUGUACGUCAGUUUAUUCUUUUAUUUCUCAUUUUACAAAGAAUGUCUGGACACUUAUACCAUUGUAGCGCCAAUAUAUUUGUCUUACUAACCAUGCAUACUUGCAUAGCGUAUAUUGAAUAUUGACAUGACAUCAUUAACGCUGAUAAUGAUUUUUAGGAAAUGGUGCUAUUUUUGCGAUAUUAUUUUCGACCUUUUACACCCCUUCAAAUAUAAAAUUGUACUUUUAAUGUCGUCGAAACCAAAACAGACAAAUAACUUUAUCCAACCUUUGAUUUGUCAGAUGGGAUUGACAUGGUGAAUAAAGAAUACCUUUUCUGAG